AUGGUGGUCGAGGUCGGCUCUUUGGAUCGCAGUACUUUGGAACCGUUCAAAAUUUGGCGUCUUGAAAGUUCAGCGUGCGAGGAUGACGGGGUUAUCGACGUUGAGACAGGUUUCUUCCCACCCCUGGCAUUGAAGAAGCGUUCUACGAAAGAGAUCGACUGUCUCUUGAAUACAAGCUGCAGGCCUGUUACGUUAUCCUCGAGCAAUUACCAGUUGGGGUGUCCUUCGGAAGCACUUACAUCUUCAUCCGUGGGAAAAGCAGAUGCUAACCGGCCACCUGGUUCGCUAUUGCACACAUCAACAAACCCGUUUGUCAUUUUCGCGAACCACGAGCAGGCAACCUUCGUUUUCUUGCGGCAACCGCCGUCACCUAAAGUCGAGAAGCGCCGGAGAGCCAAAUCCGAUAUUGACGGACCACACACAGCCACCUUGAGCUGCAAGAAGCGUCGCUUGAGGCUUCACCUUAUAACCAGUCGACUGUCCCAACCGUUCUCUCUGCCCGCAACUCAUAUCAUUAAUCGCGAAGCCAUUGCUUCGGGCGACAAGCGUUUCGCUAGGCUGGCUGCGGCGGCAACCUUUCCGGAUGUCGGCAAGCAGGGCCUGGGCCGGGAGAGCUCAAUCAUGUUGAGGGCCGCGGUGCUCAACAGGGUCAGAAUACGCGUGCGGGACGAGGCGAGGCUACGGGGGGAUCUUACCGUCGCCGUGACUGCGGAGAAUGCAGCCGUCCUUCAUCACGGGCAACAACUGGCCACAGGGGCCAGGUUUAUUGCACAACCGUCUGCACUUGCAGAGCAGCGGCAGCAAACACCUGCGGCGAGAGUGGUGUUGAUGCGAUCAGGAAUCUCGCCUAGCACACCUAAUGCAACGAACUCUCUUCUGGCAUCUUCAAGAACGCCUCAGUCCUCCCGAAUACUUCCCAAAUCGCCGAGACUGCACCCUACCCGGUCGCCGGUACUAGCUCCUUCCGGCGCGAUGCUUGAAGAUAUGGAGGACGACGGGCUGCUGGCUUUUCCCACAACAGAUCACGACUGUUCCUAUGCGUGGGCCGAAGACGACGACUUGGAGGAUGUGUACUCGGAUUUUGGGGCCAUAUUUGGCGGAGCGGCAAAUAAUGGAGAGAUUGAGGAUGAUGGUCACUCGUACGAGGAAUUUCUCGACGAGCUCGACGGCAUAUCGUGGGUUGGGGGUAGGUAG